GGCGCUGUGUGCUGAUCGCCGGGGUUCCUUCUGGAAAAGCUCCGUCGGCGUUAAAGCUUCCGAGGAGCGUCCGUCCUGCGAGCCGAGGUGCAGGUGGUGGUCCCGGGUUAUGCAUGUCAGAUAGCAGCGGUAACAACGCACAGGCUCCGCCUUCUGUGAGAAGGUCUGAAGAUGUCUGCCGCCGUGGACUUCCACUCUCAGAUCGCCUCCAUCAUGGAGGUGCUGGCUAACGCGGCCGUGGCGGAAAUCUGUAAAGUUGUGGACGAUGGGUACGCGGUGGUUCACCUGGAGAUGUCCCGGAGCCAGAAGGAGAACGAGUUCCUGAGGAGGAAAAUCAAGCUGCUGGAGCUGCAGAUCGCCCGGUACCGAGCGGAGAGGGUGAGGGGGGCAGACGGCUCCAUCAGCAGCCGCUUCCCCGGGGUCCGCCUCUUCAGCCGGCAGAGCAGGGACUCGCAGGCGGAGUUUGAUGUGAAGAACAGUGUUGUUCUCAAAGUGGGUGUGUCCUCUCAGUCAGCAGAGCCUGAGGGGGAGGGCGAGCUGCUGAUCGUCAAGGUGGAGGGAGCGGUGGACGCUGUGUCUGUUAACCACAAGCUGCCGAGACGAGACGCUGCCUCCAUCACUGCUACGUCGCUCGGCGUCAGCCAGACAUCCAGACACCUGAGGGAGAAAGAGGUCAGUGGAUCCAACGUCGUCGGCUUUGUUGACGGUGGGACGGCUGAGACUGAGGGCGGCGACACUUUUCACAGCUCCCAGCCGCAGCAGACCGGAGCAGGGGAGCGUCGGCCUGACACCGCGCUGGGUGCAGCUUCCUGUGAGGAUGACAGCAAAGAUAACCAGGCGGCAUCGGAGCCCACCAAGUGCCCGCUGCCAGAAGUGAUCGUCAUUGAUAGGGGGGGGGCAUCGGACAAGGAGAGCGCAGGGGAGGGGGGUGACUCGUCAGAUGCAGUCCAGACAACCAGAGAACAGAUCAGAGGACGGGACGGACACAAGGACGCGAUGUCACCCCAGACUCGGUCCUCGGGUCUGUGCUCAGCCGGAGACGGGUCUGUUCUUCCUCACCCUCCAGGAACCUCCAGCACCAACUCCUGCAGCGACACGCACCUCCUGACUUUACACCACCCCGCGGGCCAACACAAAGCCCUCCCUCUGUCCUUCUACCAGGCCGUCACAAUGGAGCGUCCGUACGGCUGCACCAUCUGCACCAAACGCUUCUUCAUGGAGUCGGACCUGCAGAAGCACAUGGCCAGGCACACCAGGGAGAAACCCUACACCUGCCUGCUGUGUGGCAAAAGCUUUGUAUGCCAGAGCCAGCUGGAUAUCCACCGCAACGUGCACACCGGGGAGAGACCCUUCAGCUGCUCCGUCUGCAACCGCCGCUUCUCCCACCCCAGCAACCUCAAGAGGCAUCAGAAGAUCCAGCACUGAACCCAAACACAGCCCAAAGACACACAGACACACACAGACACACACA